AUGGUAAACUCAUCUACAAGUGGGACGAAGCAAAGAGGAGUAGUACUCUCUCAAGAACUCUUAGAUAGAGUUUUGGCGGUAGAGCUUCUGUGGAAAUACCACAGGACCAAUGGCGACGUGAAAGACAGAUGGGACACCCUGGUUAAGGCAGCUACAGCUGGGACAAAGCAAAGAGGAGAGAAACUCUCUGAAGCAUUCUUAGAAAGGGUUUUGCUUGCAAAGACUCUGUGGAAGUCAGGGCAAGAGCAGCAGCAGCAGCAGGAGCAGGAAGAGAACGAAGAGGAGGAAGAGUUGGAGGAUUAG